CCCGGCACUCGGUUGAACAGGAGGGGUUUUGGGAUACAUAAUUCACCGCCCCACACACACACACACAGUUACACGCGCACACAUUCCGUUCAGUGCAGCCCGACAGACACCGAGACGUUGCGCUUCCUGCUCCGCCGGCGGAUGGAGGCGCCUCCACCUUGGACGAGGACGAAUGCGGAUUUUCGGUGUUUCCGCGUGAGGACGGACAGGACAGCGCGUGCGGGGAGAGGAGGGGGGGGGGUCCGUAUGUUUUUGGGUCGGUGGGGAGCUGUGAUCGUCCAGUAAACAUGCCCUGCUGCAUGCACCACCACCUCCUGUAGAGGAGCAGUGAGGGACUACCGCAGCUGCGUGGAGGUGGAGCGGGAGGUGGUGGAGUUGUGCCCGGGAUGGGAGGCUGCGGACGGGCCGCUGCAGCCGGUAGCGCUCCUGCCUCCUGACUUUGUGUCUCCCUGUGUGUGUUUUUUGUGUUGUUUUUUUGCAGCCAUGCUGCACGCAGCUCCCUCGGAUCUGUUCCCCACCUGAGCUGCACUGUCUCCGGUUUGACAAGUUCCCCCAAAACUGGAGCUUCAUCCUCUGCAUGUUUGUGUGGUGAUGAUGAGCUUUCUUCUCCAGCAGUUUGGGUCUGUUUUGCCUCACACAUCAUCAUCAUCAUCAUCAUCAGAAGGCGCAUCUCAGACACCGAUCACACGCGGUCGGUGCGCGUGACUUCUUUGCACCGUCUCCUCCAAACAGUUAACCAAACGUCAACCAAACACCUCCACCCGAUGGGUGCCAAGCAGACCAAGGGCCAGGAGGCCGGAGGGGCCAGUCCCCAGCACGGCUGGAGACGGACGCCCACCAAGGAGCGGGGCGACAUCUUGGCCUCCCUCAUGCUGAAGUCGGGGGACCGCGUGGGCCGCGGCGGGUCGUCGUCGACGCCGCCGCCGCCGUACCAGCGCCGCAUCGGCAUGAUCCAGGAGAUGAUGCUGAUGGCCAAGCAGGGCAAACAGGACGAGGCCACGGAGAUGCUCAAGACUCUCCGACAGGACCUGGGUAUGGAGUCAACGUCUCUGGAUGACGUGUUGUACCGCUACGCCAGCUUCAGAAACCUGGUUGACCCCAUCACGCAUGACCUGAUUAUCAGCCUGGCGCGAUACGUCCACUGCUCCAAGACGGAGGGCGACUCUCUCGGGGCGAUGGAGAAGGUUUGUCGCCAGCUGACGUAUCAUCUGAGCCCCCACUCUCAGUGGAGGAGGCAGGGCCUCCUGAAGAGGAAGCCUCAGGCCUGCCUGAAGGCGGUGCUGUCGUCGCCCCUCUCCAGCGGCGCCUUGGACCUGUCCGGCAUCCCGCUGGCGCCCCGGGACGCGGAGCGCCUGUGCGCUCACCUGCGGCGCCACGCCCCCGCCGUGGUCAGCCUGGAGCUGGGCUUCAGCGAGCUGACGGACGAGGCCUUCCUGCUGCUGCUGCCCACGCUGGCCGCCCUGCCGCGCCUGGAGACGCUGGCGCUGAACGGGAACCGGCUGACCCGCGCCGUCCUGAAGGAGCUGACCGACGCCCUGAAGGACCCGAGGACCUUCCCCAGCGUGACGUGGAUCGACCUGGGCAACAACGUGGACAUCUUCUCCCUGCCGCAGCCCUUCCUGGUCAGCCUGAGGAAGCGCUGCCCCAAGCAGGGGAACCUGCCCACCAUCCUGGAGUUCGGAGAGAGUCAGGCCAGCGAACCCCCCGAGAGGCCGAGGGGCCUCGGGGGGGAGGAGGAGGAGGAGACGGACGACGCCAACCGGACGGAGAGCAUGGGCGAGCUGCGGUCGGAGGUGGAGGAGGAGCUGGACGGGGAGCUGGAGAUCGAGGAGAUGAUGGAGGAGCUGCUGGACUUCGACAGGGAGGCGCAGGGGAAGGACGAAGAGGACGAGAGCAUGUGGACGCUCGGCGAGCAGAGAAAGGAGGGGAGGAGGAGGAGGUGUUGUAGAGGGAAGGAGGAGGAGGAGGAGGAACAGACGGCGGCGGCCGGCGGGAGAGCGGUGAUGGCCGACGACGACUCCUCCCACCUGUCCUGCUCCAGCCAGUCGCAGCGCUCCUCUGGUGCCACGGAGCCAAUGAGAGCAGAGGAGGCCGACGACUCGGAGGAGGCGGCGACGGACCGAUCGGGUCACCUGACCUGACCGCUGCUCCUCCCUGACCCGCUCACGCGCCCCCCGCCCGCCCUCCGCGUCGAGGGCUGCGCGUGAGGAGACGAGAGGACGUCAAAGAGGUCGGGGAGGAGGCGGACCCACGGCAAGGCGCCGCCUGAGGCUCGGGGAUGCUGACGCCGGGAGGCCGGGACACGGAAAAGGACGGAGGACGCUAACGCUAGAAUAGACCGGCUACAUCACACGAGGCUUUUAUGUAUAGAAUCUUUAUUCAGGUCCUGCUCCUCCUGGUAACCGUGGCGAUACCUUCAUGUGCCUGUGACGCGCGUCCCGUGUUGUUGAGAGAUGAGAGAGAGAAAAAGACACAAAAACUAUCCAGGGCCCUUUAAAAGCGGGUUUUUUGCUAAAAACUCAGUGAUUUGGAUGUUUUCCUCCCACGUCGGCCAGAUGGAGCAGAAGACGGGAAUCAAGGAGGCGAGCGCUUCGGUGGAAAACCUGCUCGUUUAUGAGAGUAAGAAAGAAGAACAGAUGCACCGAGUUUCGGCGGAGGAGAAGAAAUCAGCUGAAAUCAAAAGACAUAAAAGGUGUUGAAGGAAGAAUAUCCGAGGAUUGUGAGGAGAGCAGUAAGAAAGUGGAGGGAUGAGAUUAUUUUAUUCCCAAAAGAAAGUGCAGAUUAGUCGCCUUUUCCCUUAUAAUCAUCUUUCACUUGUGCUCACGUGUUUAUAUAUCAACUAACCUCAGUAUGUAGCCUCCCCCAGCCGGAGCUUUACCUUCACCUGCGUCACUUAUAGUCCAAUGCAAAGCUUUAACAAACAGUAUAUUUGGAUGUACAGUACGUGAAGUAUGAUGCUUUUUAUCCGUGCGGGUGGAAGACAUUUCGAUGGAAGAUCAUCUAUCUAAAGACGAAAGACACACGAGAAGCAAGGUGUUAUUUUUGUAGUGUGGGAGUAGUUUAAUCUAUAUACAGGAUUUAUGUCUUUAAAUGUUGGGAGAAAUGUGAACCAGGAUCUUCAUGUGUGAAAUUAUUAUUAUUAUAAAAAUGCACCGAGAGGAAACGUUUGACUGGAACGGACAGGACGGACACACGUAAUGUUAAAGGCAGUUAAAAAUGAAUGCGUUUGCCCCACACAGCUGCAAAAAUGUGAGGCAUGUAAAGACAGCUGAGCUGAUUUCCCACUACACGUCGUGUUAACGCGUCACGGAUCCGCGAUACGAAAUUGCCAAAGUGUCCCUUCAAGUUGCGUGGCUCAUUUUGGGGGAGAGUCCAACCGAACAGACGCUGCACCACGUGUCCUCGCAUUUAACGCAUAUUAGACAAGGAAUCUGACAGGUGGAAUGUAGCGAGGUCAUCGAGCGUCACGUUGCAGACCAUCAAACGCAACAACACUCAGAAACUUAGAAACUCAGAGGAAAUGUCUCAAUAAGUGUCAAUUCAAAUGACUUGUUAUUUGGAUUUGAUCUCAAAGGCUCGGAUGCCGUUUGCAUAUAUCUGAGCCACUAUUAAGAUUUAAAGACUUUUAGAACUUUUUCUUUUCGUACUCUCGCCUUUUUUUUUGAGAUUGCAACCCUUUAAAGCUGCUGUGUGCGGAAUGUGGCGCCAUCUAGUGGUGAGGCCGCAGAAUGCAACAAAGUGUCUUUGUCAGGUUUGACCUCUUUGGGCUUCCUUAGCAGCAUGGUAAAGGGAACGUGUCCCUUAAAAUGUUAUGUCCUAUAUAGAUAUAGGACAUAACAUUUUUUGGCAACGGGGCCAAAGGGUCUUAUAUAUUCAGGGUAUUAUACACUAAAGAAAAAGGAAUAGUUACAAUAAUUAAUAUUAUAUUCCAUUGCCGCUGAUAGAUUCCCCUAAAGGCUUCACGCCGGCCCUUUUCAGCGGUUUGAACACGUCUUCACGUGGCUCAUCACUUAGCCUGCCCGGUACCAGCAAGACCCUUUGAACAGACGCUCAAUAGGACGGGGGGGGGGGUUGUCCUUGAACGCCACGGGGCUUUUCUGUAAUGGAAGGUGGGCGUAUCGAUCGCUCAAACUAAAUAUCAAACUUAUAUUGCAUAUUCAUGGAUUACUUUAUUUAUUUAAAACAACAACUGUGAGGAGGCAGUUUUAAACUAUUUUAAAGAACAUAUUUCAAACUGUUUGAUUUGGCUGCAAUAGAUUUACUAAAAUGAAGAUUUUCAAGUCCCCCUGCAAUUAAAGCAUUUAAAAAACAAAUUGCUCUUCUUUGUUUAAUCCCUAAAAAUCUAAAUAGUGCUUCGGUGCAGACUGAGCUUUGAGCGCCGACCCCUUUGAGCUGUAACCCGUCACAGGAGUCCUGACCUGGACGUCACGCCUCGUGUUCGCGCUCGUCUGCUUUAAUGUUAAGGUCACACUGCAAGUCAAAGCUGAGCGAUCACAGCUGGAAUUCCAUCAACACAGAUUCUGGCUCUUUUGAUUCGGGAACCUUUGAUACGAAAGAUUCGGCGCAGUUUGAUCUUAAACUGGUUGGGGGACGAGAACCCGGAGCGAUGGAUCUGCACUUGGAUCUGGUUGCUUUGCUAAGCCCCGCCCCCCUUUGGAUACGGUUGCUAAGAGCUUCAACAAUAUCAGUGAUGUUCUAAAGUAUCGUUCUCGAAAUAGUAGAGAGUAGUACGGUAAAUGGCAACAUUACAUAGUGGAGAACAACAUUCACAGUGUGGAGGAGACGUUAAAAUAAACUGCAGCUAUAAAUCAAUAAAUGUUCAGACUCCGAUUAGCUUUCAUUAUCUAACAUUAUCCAGGCUGACCAGGAAGGGCUGCGGCAGCGAGAAGAUGUCCACGUUGUUGCAUUUGCUUCACUUUUCAGAACCGGUUGCAUAAAGCAAAUUUAUGGUUGCUAACAAAGGACAGUUGGACAGUGAGAAUUUGAGGGAGGGGCUUACACAGAGGGAUGCUUUCAUACAAUACAGUAAAAGAUGACAUCACAAGUGUGUUAAUCUUGAUCUCAUAGAACAGGAGGACCUAUUAUUACUACAUGUGAAGAUGUUUGUGUUACUGAAAGACUCUAUAAACAAAAAAACAUGCUAAUGUGAAUCUGAAGGAACGAAGUGUAGCCUUGGGCCUUUGGCCUCCCUAUUUUCAAUAUUUAUUUCUAAAUCUACAGUACACCUCUGUAUUAUUCUCCUGUGUGUCUUCUUCUGUCACCUCCCUUUUCCCUUUAGACCCAUUGGAUCGCUGUUGUUUCAGUGCCACUUUAUAGCGGGGACUGACGAGAAGGCUCUGUGCGUUCUUUUACUGAUUGAGUCGUAAACUAGCAUUUUCUGUUCUGCCACGGACUCCAAUAAAUUCUACGAGACAAAAACACA